AUGGUCGCCGUUUUGAAAGCGGUGCGGACAAUUCCGAAAUGCACGCGGUUUAGUUCCAGGUCCAAAAGGAACGUCAUGUUUACCUUCUCUUCGUUUAAAAAGGUCCUCGUCGGAGUGAGCGCCGCCAACGGGGGGGUCAUAGCGGGCUGCUUUUACAUCUACAAAAAGAACAGACCUGCAAACGACGACACAUUAGGAGAACCGAGCGAAAGUUUCAGAAUUAGAACCUUCGAUGAGCUAGCCAAAAGUUACGACGAAAAAAAUGACUUCAUAGAAAAAGUCACCUCCAUAAACAAAUACAAAAAGAGGAACUUUCGAAAAGUAAAAGGAGUGGUCCUAGAAGUAGGGGCAGGGUCAGGAAGAAAUUUCUCAUUUUUAAAAAAAGUAGACACCUUAGUAUGCGUGGAAAAAAGUGAAAAAAUGUGUGAAGAAAUGAAAAAAAAAUUGGAAAAAAUAAAACCAUCAUAUCCUGUAUAUAUCAUAAAUGAUGACAUAAAAAAUGGACUCUUCCGUCCCAACGUUUUCGAUUCAGUCAUUUCGUCUUUCACCUUAUGUUCGCUGGAGCAUGUGGACAACAGCUUAGAGAAAGUCCACCAAGCAUUGAAACCGGAUGGAAAAUUCUACCUAAUCGAAAGAGGAAUAAUUUACAACAAAGUCAUUCGAUACGUUCUGAAAAAACUAAACCUAUAUCCUAAUAAAAGAAUUCCCUGGGAAUUUGGCUAUUAUGAAAAUAGGUGCCCCUUGGAAAUUUUAAAAAAAAAUAAUUUCAACGUCAUUUUUAAGUUAAUAAAAAAUGCAGGCAGUAUAUACAUACUUACGGCCAAGAAGCAGGGAGGCUCUUCUCCCCAUGUCAACGGGGGGAAUGAAAUUCAAAAGAGUGAUAAUCUCCAAAACGAAAUGAACAACAAAAGUGGAAUAGACCAAACGCGGGAUAAGGGGCCGCCCAUCGAUAUUAAGGAUAUAUUAUGUCAUCAAUUGGCAACCCCGAUUUAUUACUCAUACAAAAAUGGGUAA